AUGGAGGGAGAGGAUUUUGACCAUUUCGUUAUGGAAUUAAAAGCAAUGGCAAACAGCUGUAACUUCGGGGAUCAAGAAGAAUCACUCAUAAGAGACAGGAUAAUCAUUGGAAUCAGAGACAAGACAUUAAUGGAGAGAUUACUACGAGUACCGGAGCUAACUUUAGCAAAAGCGGAGACACAGUGCAGGGCGGCAGAAGCUAGCAAAUUGCUUUCUAAAGAAAUAAGAGAGAGUCCAUCUGUUGAUAGUAUUCCCUCGGUUGAUAAUAAUUGUUCUGAUAGUGAUAAUUCAGAUAAUACUGUAUUAGACGAGAUUAUACUAAGUAGUAUUGAUCGCAUCACAAUAAAUAAUAAUGAAAAAACGUGGUACCAAACUAUUAAAGUAGGUCAUUUAAAUGUUAAAUUUAAGUUGGAUACUGGAGCACAGUGUAAUGUUUUACCUCCAAAAAUAUUCCAGAAGCUUUAUAGUCUGUCUAGUUUAACAAAUUGUGAAAAACACAUAUUAACCUAUGGGAAUAAUAAAAUAGAGAUUAAGGGUUCCAUAAUAAUUGAAUUAGAUGUGGAAUCUUUACCGAUUUUAGGACUAAACACAUGUGUAGGGUUAGGAUUAAUAAAAAGAUUGGAUGAAAUGAACGUUAGUACAAAAGAAAAAUCAAAAUUUAUAAAUUUAAAUAAAGAUGUUUUUGAAGGUGUAGGGAAGGUUCCGUUCCAAUAUAAAAUAAUCCUAAGCAACAAUGCUAUUCCUGUUUCAUGUUGCAAUAGAAGGGUACCUGAAACCAUUAAGACUAGAUUAAAGACAGAGUUAGAUAGGUUAAGUAAAAAGGAGAUAAUCGAAAAAGUAGAAGAACCUACCGAAUGGGUCAAUAAUAUAGUUAUUAUAGAAAAAAAUAAUAAAAGCUUACGUUUGUGUCUGGAUCCUUGUCACUUGAACAAGUUUGUAUGCAUGGAACAAUACCCAAUUCCUACGUUUGAGGAAAUUGCUCUAAAACUUAAAGAUAAAAAGAUUUUUACAGUUCUGGAUAUGAAGGAAGGAUUUUUUCAUAUACAGCUUGAUAAUGAAAGUAGUAAGUUGUGUACUUUUAUCACUCCAUUUGGAAAAUAUAAAUACAAAAGAUUGCCUUUUGGCCUCAAAACUAGUCCAGAGGUAUUUCAAAAACUAAAUGAAAAAAUGUUUGGUGAUUUGGAUGUGGAAAUUUACUUCGAUGAUUGCAUCAUAACGGGAAAAGAUGAAAUCGAACACGACAUGUUAAUGAAAAAAUUUUUGGAGAGGGCAAGAAAAUACAAUGUGAAGUUUAAUGCUGAUAAGGUACAAUAUAAGAUUUCACAUGUUAAGUAUUUGGGUCAAAUAAUUUCGGGCGAUGGAACAAAAGCUGAUCCAGAUCAGAUUAGAUCGAUUCUUGAAUUGCAAGAACCUAAAAAUAAAAAAGAAUUGUUGAGAGUGUUAGGAAUGUUUAAUUAUUUGAUUAAAUACAUACCGAAUUUGGCCGAACAUGCUACACCAUUAAGAAAUUUAAUAAAAAGCAAAUCAGAUUAUGUUUGGACAGUGGAUCAUUCUGAUACAUUUAAUAACCUUAAAAAAAUAAUCACUCAGUUACCUACAUUGAGUAUUUUUGAUCCAGAAAAGCCAAUAGUAAUUCAGACAGAUGCAAGUCAAAGUGGUUUAGGAGGAUGUCUCCUACAAGACAACAAACCGAUCUGUUAUUGCUCGAGAGCAUUAACUGAAUGUGAAAUCCCAUUGAAAUACAGACAGGAAGUGCUAAAGAAAUUACAUAAAGCCCAUUUUGGCAUAACAAAAACAAAGCUAAGAGCUAGACAAAUCGUCUACUGGCCAGGUAUGUCUCAAGAAAUAGAAGAUUAUAUUAAAAAGUGUAAAGUAUGUGAAAAAUUUGCUUCUAAAAAUGUUAAAGAACCUUUGAUUCCACAUAAAAUACCUGAUUUACCGUUUCAAAAUGUAGCAUCAGAUUUGUUAUUUUAUGCACAAAAAGAUUACUUAGUUGUAGUAGAUUAUUACAGUCGAUGGAUAGAGCUCCAACAGAUUCCAGAUAAAACAGCAAAUACUGUAAUCAAGAUUCUGAAGAAAAUAUUUGCAAGGUUUGGUAUUCCUGAAACAUUCAUGUCUGAUAAUAUGCCAUUUCAGCGUUUUGAAUUCAAAAGUUUUGCUAAAAAAUGGAAUAUAAGACAAGUUACGUCAAGUCCAAGAUAUCCGAAAUAUAACGGACUUGCUGAAAAGGCGGUAGGAAUAUGUAAAAAAAUGCUGAAAAAAUGCCAAGAGUCAAAUGAUGAUAUCGAAGAAUAUUUAUUGGAACACAGAGUUACACCCAAACCGGGACUGAAUUUGACACCGUCACAACUGUUGUUUAGUAGAAUAUUGAGAACGACUAUACCAACAGAUAGAAGAAUCUUGAAACCAAAACUCAACAAAGAUAUUGAUAAAAUUAUGGAAAAUCGACAAAAUAAAGUAAAGGAUCUCUAUGACAGAGGAGCCAAAGAAGGAUUGACUUUAAGCAAGGAGAAAACAUAA